GUGCAUUCCUCUGCAGGCAGGGCCGGAGCCCGGGCGGGGAGGGGACCACAAGUCACUCCACCUGGCAGCUGGGACGUUGGGGCUGGAGGGAAGGCUCGGGGCUCCCGUCAGAGAGGCGCCGAGCAGUUCUCGCCCCCCACCCUCCUCCGAUAAGCGGUAGCUUCAAGCAAUGGGUAAGGGGCAGCCUGGGGCGGUCGGUGGGGGGGCAGCUCCGAGAGCCUGCCUGGGUAGGAGAAUGCCCGAGUCCGGGGCGUGUCUGGGCCGAGGGGCGGAGACCUUAUAAAGACCACGCCGCGGCCGUGGUCCGCAGCAGAGCGAGCGCGUUUGGUGCAACCUUUCGAAAUGGCUUCGAAAACCGUGAAGACCUCCGACGAGAUCCUUUGCGAGGGCGAGCUGGAGAAGAGAAGCCACAGCCUGUUCCAGGUCUGGAAGAAGAAGCGCUGCGUGCUCACCGCCGACCGCCUGCGCCUCUUCUCCGGGAAAACCAGCCCCGCCAAGGAGCUGUUUUUCCACUCCAUCCUCAAGGUGGACUGCGUGGAGCACACCUCCAAGUACGUGUACUUCACCAUCGUCACCAACUACUACAAGGAGAUCGACUUCCGCUGCACGGUCGAGAGCUGCUGGAACGCGGCCAUCACCAUGGCGCUGAUCGAGUUCCAGAACCGUCAGGCGCUGCAAGAGUUUCGCCGCUGCCGGUAUCUGCGCUCUGCAUCCGAGCCUGGAGAUCCGAGCUCUCCGGGUCGGUGGUGAGUACCGCCCACGUACGCGGCGUCCGAGUACCGGGCAUGGGGAAACGCACGGGACCAGUUGAGCCGGGAACCAGCCCACGCUGCCGUAUCAGACAGGAGCCCAGGAGCCCAGGGGAUGCCCCGGGUGACGCCGCCGCUGCUCUUCACCGAAGAUAUUCCCGUGCUUGCUGAGCCUUGCCCCGCUGUGCGGGUGCUCUAACUUAUUGGACUGUAUAUUUAUAUUGGUUACCUGCUUCCAACCCACCAUUCCGUGUUAAUAUUUUUUUAUACCAUAUUUUCAUUCCAAAUAAAC